AUGAGCAGAAAACCCCAGAGAUCCUCAAAAGCUGCAGUCUAUUUGAUUGGCCUGGCAGUAGCCGACACUUGCGCCCUGUACUCUGGCUUACUGCGCCACUUCGUUAGAAAAGUUACAGGAUGGGACUUCAGACAUAUCUCAGAAGUCAGCUGUAAGAUCAACAUAUGGCUGGUGUAUGCAUCACUAGACAUCUCCGUAUGGAUUUUAGUGGCGUUAACCAUUGAACGUUUCUUGUCCGUGUUUUUCCAGCAUCCGGUGAAGAUCUACUGUUCUCGCAUGUCCUCCAAGGUGGCUGUAACGUGCAUUGUCAUCUCCAUACUCGUUCUGGACACACACAUACUUUAUGGUUACGGUGACAGCCUUACAGGGGAUACCCAGCUGAAAAAUCUCUGCACUGCAAUCUCUGAUAAUUAUAACAGCUUCUUCAUAUACGAUUAUCCAUGGAUUGAGUUCUGUUUCCACUUUGUGAUUCCUAUAAUUGUUCUUACUAUCGGCAAUUUCAGCAUCGGUGCUAAAGUACUGCUUGUCCGGAGAAGCUUACGCAGGUUUCCGAGGCAACCUUACAACGAUCGCUUGUUGAGAGCAACAAGCAGACGAGGUCGUCUUUCUAGACUGACCGUCACCUUGUUCGCCCUCACCUUGGUGUUUAUGUUCACUGAGGCACCAUGCAAGGUAUUUUACAUUCUGAAAGCACUGGGGCUGAAACACAUUGACACCACAGCAGAUGCAGGUGUUUUCAAUAUAAUGUACACUACGGCUAACCUGAGUAUGUACGUUAAUAAAUCCAUUAACUUCAUCCUCUACUGCUUUACUGGAUCUAGAUUCAGACAUGAAUUGAUGAGUAUGUUCAAAAAGCAAAAGACUAGGACUAAUACAACAAACCCAGUAAGAGAAGGAUGA